UAACACGACAAGACAAGCCUGCGGAGUUCGGACCUUCCCCUCACUCCCUACAAGGAUCAGCAGUAGCGUAGCUCACGCUAGCAGUGUCUGUCAGCCAUGAAACAACCCCUGUAUGUUUCUAAUUUUGAUACUCGCGCUUCAUGGUCGCUUGGACUCCGUCAGCGGAACACAGGCUAUAUCUUUACCUUCUCCCACCCCGUUCUGGCUGGUCGAUCAAACAGCUUGGCUUGAACUGACAUCUCUGGGCAUUCCUCAUAAUUGUUCUGCAAGACUCUUAUUUACUCCUAUUAAUACUUGCCAUCCUCCCGCACCUUACUAUACAUAAUGUCUUUCACCCGCUUCCGCAAACCCACUACAUCCUCAUCAUCAUCCACCACAAAACCCCUCCAAGAACGCCAGGGAAAUAUCACAUCCCUGACCCCUACGCAACCUCGUCCUUACAAAUCCUCACACCUCAUUAAUGACGAGGAAGCCAUCCCCCUUACGGACCUCAUCCCCACGCGCCAAAAGUCCUUCACCAUGAAGACUCUCAACCCGCGUCGUCUCUCACUGCGCCUGAAGAACCGUCCUCAACCCCACAGCGCUCCAUCCUCCUCCUCUACUUCUCCCUCCUACACAUCCACCGAGCACAAACAAAGACACAUCGAGCCAACCGCGCCGGGAAGCAUCGGCGGUCGCACGGAGUUCGUCUACAAGCCCGUCCGCCGGACAGAUUACUCAAUAGUCGUCGCGGAGACACAACAAGCACAUAGCCAGAGCUACAGUCAGAGUCAACGACCCGUUUCACGGUAUCAAUAUAACUACAUCCCGACCGGACGAAGCCGAGGCCCUGCUAUGGGUGAUCACCCGGCCCCGCAGUCCCGCUCCCGCUCCCGAGCUAGGGCUCGCUACGACGAGGAGAGUGAGCGAUGCACUCGCGACCUAUACGAUGACCUCGACGAGCAACCCGUCUACUCGCGGGACGCCGAGCGAGCUCGAGCUCUAGCGUCGUUGCAGGCGCGACCGGGGAGGGAGCUUGCUACUGCUACUCUUGGUGCGGAGACGUAUACAUCUGCUGCGGAGAAGCGGCGCAGUCGGGCGGCGAAGCGGUUGACGACUGUAAUGGUUCCUGAUGCUGACGCGAUCUAUGAUUGGUGAUGAUGAUGAUGAUGAUGAUGAUGAUGAUAAAUAAAGCCUUUUAAUGUUUAUGUUUGGCUGGGUCGGUUGAGCAUUUUUGGCAUGGAUACAUGGAGUAUAGCGGGCGUUUCGUGGGGUACAUUUGCUCUUUUCACAUUUAGUGCAGAGAAAUCGAAGAUCAUGAAAACAUCCGAUAUCCAUGAAAUGCCGUUGAUUAUUUAAUCCUCUAAGCCGCCUAAUGCUCGUUGAAGA